GUGGACUGCCACGUAACAACACAAGUGCUCAGCUGGCAGGACGCCGUAGUAGAGUUGAAGCUAGCCAGUUAUCAAUAUUACCUGAGCAGAAAAAUAUCAAGCAUUAAAUCCUAACUACGAUAUAAACCAGCCGUGUCAUGGGGGGGUCGCAGAGUGUCGAGAUACCGGGAGGAGGAUCCGAAGGCUACCAUGUUCUUCGGGUUCAGGAGAAUUCUCCAGGACACCGGGCAGGACUGGAGCCUUUCUUUGACUUCAUUGUCUCCAUCAACAACGAAAGACUGAACAAGGACAAUGACACUCUGAAGGACCUGUUGAAGGCCAGUGUGGAGAAGCCAGUUAGAAUGCUGGUUUACUCCUCUAAGACCCUGGAGCUCAGGGAAUCCACCGUCACCCCAAGCAACCUCUGGGGUGGCCAGGGCCUGCUGGGUGUCUCCAUACGCUUCUGCAGCUUCGAGGGAGCCAAUGAGAACAUCUGGCAUGUGCUGGAGGUGGAGCCUAACUCUCCGGCAGCCCUGGCUGGCUUGCGGCCCCACACUGAUUACAUCAUAGGAGCCGACACCGUUAUGAAUGAGUCAGAGGACCUGUUUUCUCUGAUUGAGACCCAUGAGGGGAAGGGGUUGAAGCUAUAUGUCUAUAACACAGACACAGACAACUGCAGAGAGGUGGUCAUCACCCCCAACAGUUCCUGGGGAGGGGAGGGCAGUCUGGGAUGUGGGAUUGGAUACGGUUACCUGCACAGAAUUCCCACCCGGCCAUUUGAAGAAGGGAAGAAGAUUAGUUUUCCGGGUCACAUUCCCAGUGGUGAGCCCAUCAGCGCGCUCAAGGACGGAUUCACUGAGGUUCAGCUCUCUGCUGUAACCCCACCCCCUGCUAUGCCCUCUGUCCCCACGGGGUUAGAAGAUUCGCUGUCCAGCCUGUCAAUCAACUCAGCUCCACYCACCAUUCCAAGUGAGCUUCAGACAGGUCUCCCCACCGUUCCCCUGCUGCCCACCUCCCUUAGCCCCCUAAACCCAGCCUCCACGACCUUCAACCCCGCCACCACGCUACCAGGUCUGUUGCCUCUCCCGGGUGGCCUGCCCCCAUUCCCAAACCUCCCCAACCUCAACCUCACCGCACUACCAGACCUCAGCGCUGUAUCGCUAGCAGGAUUCCCUCCACUCGCACCCUUCCCUCCUCUGAACCUGCCCAGUCUAGCCCCCCUCCCCCCCCUGCCUGGCCAUGCUGUUGCCAGCUUUCCCCUCCCCUGCCCCAAGGAGUAA